CUUCUUCAUCACUCACACAUUUCCAAAGAUGGGUUUCCUGAGUGAAUUGGUCCAUGAGUUCAAGGGGAAGUCAGGACAGUCAAGUCAGCAACAAGGCGGCCCGCCAAUGGCAGGCGCUUCACAGGGCCCACCUCCAGUGUCACCGCCAUGGUAUGCUGAGUGGGACGGUCGCGAGAACCGCUGGCUAUUCGUCAACCAGCAAAACGGCGAGCGCACCUUCAACUACCCUGGGCCAGGCUAUGCACAGCAGCAAGGCAGCUAUGGCGGCCCCCAAGGUGGUUACGGAUACGGCCAGGGCGGAUACAGCAACCAGGGCGCCUACAACCAAGGCGCCUACAAUCCAACCAACAACUACCAGCAGCAAGAAGAACAGAAGAAGCAGGGUGGCAAUGGAUGGAAGUACGCAGCUGCUGGUGUGGCCGGUGUUGCUGGCGGUGCGCUACUAAUGCACGAGGGUGAAAACAUCAAGGAUGACUUCGAGCGCGACAAGUACCAAAUGGAAAACCGCGUCGACGAAUUCGGCAACGACAUCUCCAACUUGCCCGAAAACGCCGCCAACUGGACCGGCGAGCAGGUCGGGCGCGUCGAGAACUUCGACGACCGCGUCGAAAACGGCUUCGACAAUGCCGUCAACGACGUCGAAGACUUCCCAGAGAACGCCGCGCGAUGGACCGGCGAGAAGGUGCAGGAGGUCGAGGACAUUCCGCAGGACAUUGAGAACAAGUGGGACGAUGCGGAGAACGACGUCGCGGCUUUUGGCGGGCGCAUGGAUCAGGCAUACGACGAUGGCAGAGAUGAGCAGAGGUACGACGACGACAGGAAUGAUGACUGGUGA